AUGUCACUGUCUGUCUCGGGAAUUCUCAAAACCACCAAGAACCAAGUCAGCCCUGUCUGUGGCUUCAUCGAUGGCUGGUCCGUCGUCCACUUCAACCCAGUUAUCCCCUGCCAUCAGCUUCUCGGUAUCGUCGAUCGCUACCUUCCCCCGCAGCCAGUCAAAGCCGGUUCUGUCAGCCGCCAGCCCCAAGCCGUGGAUGUUUCCCCCCGACUAUGGCGUAGCGGAAGCUCGAGCGAAUCGCAGACUUUGUCCACGCCUAUUCACGGCCCGCGGGGAAAUGCGGUAUCGCACGUUUCACAUUUGUUACACGAAUUCGGCAAACUGUGGUGCGGGUUUUUUCACUCCCCAUUUGACUAUGUUAUCAAAAUCUCCGGCUUUUAUCUUCAGGAGCGGCGGCACGUAUUCUCUUAA